CUGCAUUUAAAGAAAGGUUGGCAUCAUCUCCAAGCUCAGAAGAGCUAAAGGGAAAUGGCUAGUCGUGCGAUUUUCAGAGGCUUCGGAAAGCGUCGAAUCACUUCCCACACAGCCUUCGUUUAUAGAUCUCUUAGCACAUUGGUUUUGGCCGAACAUGAAGGUGGUUCUAUCAAGGCUUCAUCAGUGAGUGCAGUGGAGGCUGCAAAGUCUUUAAGUGAGGACAAUGCUGUUUCUCUGCUACUUGCUGGGUCAGGUCCUUCCCUUCAAAAGGUUGCUGAGCAUGCCGCCUCGUGCCAUCCAUCCAUUUCUCAGGUGCUUGUGGCUGAUUCAGAUAAAUUUACAUAUCCUCUCGCAGAACCAUGGGCUAAAUUAGUCCACCUGAUUCAGCAGAAAAGUAGCUACUCGCACAUAAUUGCUGCUUCAGGAUCAUUUGGGAAAAACAUACUACCGCGUGCGGCUGCCCUUCUGGAUGUUUCUCCAAUUACUGAUGUCACUAAAAUUUCUGGUUCUAAUCUCUUUGUGAGGCCAAUCUAUGCUGGAAAUGCUCUUUGUACAGUUCAAUACACUGCUUCUGAGCCUUGUAUGUUGACCAUUAGAUCAACGUCUUUUCCAGUGGAUUUGGUGUUGGCUGAUUCAAAAUCUAAUGUGGCACCAAUUUCCCAGGUGGAUCUCUCAACCUUUAAUGAAGCAGAUGCAAUUGGUAAAUCUAGAUAUAUAAAACAGACCUCUCAAGACGCAGAGCGUCCAGAUCUUGGAAAUGCACGUAUUGUAAUUACUGGAGGGCGUGGACUGAAAAAUGCUGAGAACUUCAAAAUGAUAGAGAAGCUUGCUGAGAAACUUGGGGCAGCAGUUGGUGCCACUCGUGCUGCCGUUGAUGCGGGAUUUGUUCCAAAUGAUCUCCAGGUUGGCCAAACAGGAAAAAUUGUUGCCCCAGAAUUGUACAUGGCUUUUGGUGUUUCUGGAGCCAUUCAACACUUAGCAGGCAUGAGAGAUUCUAAAGUCAUUGUUGCUAUAAACAAAGAUGGAGAUGCACCCAUAUUCCAGGUUGCCGAUUAUGGACUUGUAGGCGAUCUAUUUGAGGUGAUACCAGAGUUAUUAGACAAGCUUCCCGAUCAAAAAUAGAGUCGUUCAUAACAACAGAGCUAAAUACCAAAAGAAAGCUGAAUUUCUUGAUAACUGAAAGGUUCAAGCUGAAUAAUAAAUUAAUGAUGAUGAUAAUUGUGACUAUGGUGAUGAUAGGGUAUUUCGAAAGUUAACCCAAUGUGCCAAGGCAUAAAUUUUGUGAAACUCCUGUGAUGUUGUCGUCAUCAUAACUGAUUGAAAUAAGAAUGAGUUAGUUCCAUUUUA